AUGAUGAUGAGGAAGAUCUCGCUCAAGCAAGUGAGUUUCGUGAUGCUCGUGGUGCAGAACACGGCGCUGUCCAUCAUGUCCAAGUACUCGCGCGCUCAAGCAGGACCCAAGUACCGCCCCAGCUCCGUCGUGCUGCUGGUCGAGAUGUUCAAGUUCCUCUUGUGCUGCCUUGUGUUGCUCAAGCUCAAGCGCGGGAACGUCAAGGCGUCUAUCCGCACGAUUCAACUGGAGGUUUUUGCCGACACGAGCGGACUCACCAAGAUGGCGGUGCUCGCCUUUCUCUACGCGCUGCAGAACAUGUUUGCGCUUGUCGCGUACGACUACGUGGACGUGGCGACGUACCAGAUUGUGUACCAGUUGAAGGUCAUUACGACCGCUCUCUUCAUGAUUGUAUUGCUGCACCGCCGCUUCAGCUUUGUGCAGUGGUGUGCGAUGGUGGCACUUAUGGCGGGCGUCACCAUCUGUUCGUACUCGCGACUCCCGAGUGGACCAACUCCCUCGGAUCAGGUGAACAGCAGCAGCAGCAGCAGCAGCAAGAAUCACCAAUUCAUCGGCAUUUGUAUCAUGAUUGGACUAGCGAUCAAUUCAGGACUUGCUGCCGCUUACUUUGAGCGCGUCAUGAAAUCUCACAAGGCCAUCACGACCCAGCAGACGUUGGACACGCUCUGGACGCGAAAUUUACAGCUCGCGGCUAUCUCAGUGGGCGUCGCUGCAGUGGACGUCGUGCGCAACAUAAGCGAGGUGUACUCCAACGGACUUUUCUAUGGCUUCCACCCAGCAGUCUUUGCUGUCAUCUUUCUCCAGGCUGUCGGCGGACUCACGGUUGCAGCUGUCGUGCGCUACUCGGACAACAUUGUCAAGAACUUUGGCACGUCCUUCUCGCUCAUCUUCUCGUGCAUCAUCUCGAACUACAUGUUCAACCAGACGGCCACGACCUCCUUCUACUUUGGCGUGUUGCUGGUCAUCGUCUCGGUGUUUGUCUAUGGUGACAGCAGGUUUGCGGUCAAACCCGUCGCUAAGAAGGAGGACUGGUCUCCACCGGCACAUGAAGUUGCCAUCGACACCAAGAGCUCGCAGGCAAUGCACCAGGGAAACCAGCACUUUGUUACACGGACCUCGCAAAUGUUUAACGUACUGUGCGGUUAG